AUGCCGGUCGAAUGCAACGGUGUCGGCCAAUUAACAGGUUACUUAAUCUCCAGUUUUUUCGAAAUAUUCUUAUUUGAUUACAGAUGAGGCACGAGAAAAGCCGUCUUCGAGAUCGAACACUCAUGAUUCUCGGACCGAUUCAGAAGCACAACAUGGCGAGCGUGCAGAUCGCAGCCAAUCGGCAAGAGAAGUUGGGAGGACAGGCGGCAAAGUGCAAGAGUAAGUAUUUUCGAAGACCGUUUCAACACACUCCAAUUGCGCUUUUCAGGUGAUCACCGAGAAUCAACGGAAACUCGAGAAUAGCGAGAGAAACGCCGACAUGAACGACGAGCGAUGCGCCAACUGGAACACGGAACGGAACAUCGAUCGGAUCGCCGACUGGAGAAGCAACUGGAGAACCGAACGGAACGCUAACUGA